AUGAACCCGCACCAAAGAAAACGCCAGCUAAGCCAGCGCCAAAAGUUGCUACACCGGCUGCAAAGAAAGCGGCGUCAUCAUCGAGCAGUUCUGACUCCGAAGAUGAACCCGCAGCAAAGAAAACGCCAGCUAAGCCGACGCCAAAAGCUGCUACACCGGCUGCAAAGAAAGCAGCGUCAUCAUCGAGUAGUUCUGACUCCGAAGACGAACCCGCAGCAAAGAAAACGCCAGCUAAGCCAGCUCCUAAAGUUGCUACGCCAGCUGCCAAGAAGCCAGCGUCAUCAUCAAGCAGUUCGGACUCUGAAGAUGAUUCUGCAGCCAAGAAAACGCCAGCUAAGCCGACGCCAAAAGCUGCUACACCAGCUGCCAAGAAGCCAGCGUCAUCAUCAAGCAGUUCGGACUCCGAAGAUGAGCCCGCAGUGA